CUCAACCUAGAAAUCUUAAAGCAAUCUCUUUGUCUUUGACUCUUCCUCUCUCUCAUUCUCACUCUCACACUCAGAGAAACACACCCAAAAAUGGGUUAUCUAAUUGGUGUUGCCAUGGUGACUAGUGCUGUUUUGAUUAUAUCAAAGAUUUGGAAAAUCUUUGUGAUUCUCUUUUGGAGGCCAUAUUCCAUUACUAGGCACUUUCAAAAGCAAGGAGUCACGGGGCCACCCUACUCCAUUCUCUCCGGUUCUCUCCAUGAAAUCAAAGCAAUGAUCAAGGAUGCAAGAGAACGGAUCAUAGAUACUCACUCACAUGAAAUUACUCACAGGGUUCUUCCACACUACCAAAAGUGGUCCUCCUUAUAUGGGAAGACAUUUCUAUACUGGUUUGGAACAAAACCUACGAUUUGCAUUGCUGAUCCUGAGCUGGCCAAAGAGAUGUUGUCAAACAAGUAUGGUUUCUAUACAAAACCCGAGCCAAGGCCUUCUAUAGUAACUAUGAUAGGAGAUGGGUUAGUUCUGGUCGAUGGACUGGAAUGGGUAAAGCGCAGAAGGAUACUCAAUCCUGCUUUCUCUAUGGAUAAACUUAAGGUUAUGAUAAGUAGGAUGGCAGCAUGUACCAUUUCUAUGCUCGACGAGUGGAAAAAUCAAGCCAUUGAAGCCAAGGGCAAAUUCAAGACAAUAGAAAUGAAUGAAGAAUUUCAUGAGCUAACAGCAGAUAUAAUCGCCCACACUGCCUUCGGUGUUAGCUUUGUCCAAGGAAGGGAAGCCUUUAAUGCACAAAGAGAACUUCAAAAUCAUUGCAUAGCUUCAAGUGUAGACAUUUUCAUUCCUGGCACCCAAUACCUCCCUACUCGGUCAAAUCUUCAGAUAUGGAAGCUAGAUAGGGAAAUGAAGAAAUCACUACAAUGCAUUAUAGAAAGUAGAUUGCAUGAUGAAUCAGAUUGCUCUUAUGGAGAUGAUCUUCUUGGUGCAAUGAUAGAUGCAUCAAAAACAAAUAAUGGCCUUAGAUUGAAGAUGAAUGAAAUCGUGGAAGAAUGCAAGACCUUUUUCUUUGCUGGUCAUGAAACCACUUCAAACUUGCUUACUUGGACAGUGUUCUUGUUGGGUUUACACAAGGAAUGGCAAGAGAAACUUAGAGAAGAGGUCUUGCACAACUGUGGCACGGAAAUUCCUGAUGCAGAUAUGCUAGCAAAGUUAAAAAUGGUGAAUAUGGUAUUGAUUGAAGCGUUAAGAUUGUAUACUCCAGCGUUAGAACUACAAAGAGUGGCUUCUGAAGACAUAAAAUUGGGAAACUUGUUGGUCCCAAAAGGAACAUGUCUUGCAAUGCCAAUUAUAAUGAUGCACAGGAGCAAAGAAUACUGGGGUGAAGAUGCAAAUGAAUUCAAUCCACUGAGAUUCAUAAACGGAGUUUCUAAGGCUGCAAAGCACCCAAAUGCUUUACUUGCCUUUGGGCUGGGUCCAAGAAGUUGCAUUGGUCAGAAUUUUGCUAUGCUGGAAGCGAAGACUGUAAUUGCUUUGAUUCUUCAGAGAUUUUCUUUGUCCCUUUCCCCUCACUACAAACAUGCACCUGCAAACCACCUCACCUUGCAGCCACAAUAUGGCCUUCCCAUCAUUGUAGAACCUUUAAAUUUGUAAUUCUUAGCUUCUUUCUCUAAGGUUUCUUGUUCAUUUCAAGGCUAUUUGUUCCUACUUUCUAGAUUUGUUAAUAGCUGUACAAUUAUAUCUUCACACUCACUUUUGGGGUGUAGUGUGUAGAGAGGUAAAAAGGAAUAUAUAAUUGUUGUAAUAAAUGCUAUCUGUUUAUAAUAGCAACCUUUUCUCCUCAUGUAAUGGA